AUGAUAGAGAAAGUAUCGGAUUCGACUUCGCAAGAUGUCAAGAAUGCAGAAGAGGAGGCCUUCAAUCAGGUCAACGCAUUAUGUCUCAGUGACCUGGGCGCAAAAGUCAGGAACCACCCCUCGAUGGACAUGACCGACUUGCUCAAACAUCAGCUUAAGACCUAUCCCACUUUACGCAAAUGUUUGGUGAUUCAGCCGUGCAAUAUACGGGAUGGAUUCCGGAUCCCAACAGACGUCAAAAUCGAGAGACCAUUCAGCGCCACUGUGAUGCGAGCAGCACAGAAGGUUUCCUCCGAUGACGCAUCUACCGUCAUUGGGGCACUCAAUGAACUGGUUGCUUCCAGCGACAUCAUCUGGCAUCUGGGUUCAACUGCCGUGUUGGGUCUCAACUCGGAGCUCGUACUAAAAGUCGGCAGUGCCUUUGAUGUCAGCCAUAUUCCUACUCUGGAUUACAUUAAACAGCAAGCGCCAAACGUCCCAAUACCAGAAAUACACGGUAUCCUUCAGCAGCCAGGCAGCCAACGCAUCUUCUUGUUCAUGUCGCGAGUUCCCGGCGAGUCGUUGGAUUCAAAAUGGCAAUCCUUGGGCAAAGACCAGAAGGCUUCAAUCAGAGAGCAACUGGAUGCCAUCGUCAAGGACUUUAGGUCCAUCCCCGCCCCACCAGCAGAAGAGCCCCAGGCAGUGUUUGGGGGUGGCUGUCCUCGACGAUGUAAAGAUGCGCGGAGGCAAGUUCGUGUUGCAGAAGGGCCCAUCGGCAAUGAAAAUGACUUCAACCAUUUUCUCGCGUCCAACCCACAAAGAAUGGAGACCGGAAACAUUGCCAUGAUAAGAUCCUAUCUUGGCGUCAAUCACAAACUGGCAAUGAUGACUGGUGGGCCUACUUGCCCCUCAAUAUCGGCGUAUGGCCCAGGGAGCACGGGGUUGAUCUCAUGCUAA